AUGUUGCAAUUUCUCCCCUUUCUUGUCCUAUCCCCGCUACUUGCCGCGGCCGCUGUAUAUCCAGUAAUUCAAACCAACUACGGCCCAGUGCAGGGUGCAGCGUCGCCUUUUCGCAAGGGCGUGACCGUAUACAAAGGCAUCCCGUUCGCAGCACCUCCCACCGGGGCCAAGCGAUGGACUGCCCCCACGAAGGCUGAGCCCUGGGAAACCACGCUACACGCGACGAAGUUCGGCCCGCAAUGCGCACAGCCCUACUCCGAAGCCGGUAUCUUCUCGACCGGCAAGAAUUCCACCAGUGAGGACUGUCUAUACCUGAACAUCUGGACUCCGACGUACAGCACCGCGGACGCAAGCAAAGUCAAAUCCAAGAAGCUCCCAGUCUACGUCUGGAUCUUCGGGGGCCGAUUCGAAGGUGGUUCCGGCGAUGUCCUAACGUACGACGGAACUGGCCUCGCUUCGAAGGAUAUUGUUGUGGUCACUAUCAACUACCGGCUUGGAGCGUUUGGGUUCCUGGCUCACCCUGCGCUGUCGCGGGAGUCCGGACAUAACAGCUCUGGUAAUUACGGUAUCUUGGAUCAGCAAUUUGCGCUGAAAUGGGUACAGGAGAACAUUGGUUACUUUGGUGGCAAUCCUAGCCAAGUCACUGUUGGUGGGCAGUCCGCUGGGUCAGCCAGCGCAUUGGACAUGAUGUGGAGUCCGCUGAGCAGUGGGUUAGUCCACGGAGUCAUCUCGGAGAGUGGUGCAAGAGGGCCACGCGAUCCUGCUACGGGCAGUGUUGCAACGAGCUAUAACACCAAGGACGUGGCGGAGGCCUUUGGUGUCGAGUUCCUGAGGACGCUGAAUGUCUCAUCUAUUGCCGACCUGCGCCAACUCCCAAUGGCCACGCUCAUCGGGUACGGACAGUCGAUGCAAGACGACUUCUUUGAGGGCACUCCUUUUGCUAAUCUGUGGUCGGGUCCGCCCCGAUGGCGCCCAGUGAUCGAUGGAUACGUCUUCCCACACGGAUACGGCACAUCUCUACGACUAAACGCCCACGCCGACGUGCCCAUUUUAACCGGAAACAACAAGGACGAAUUUGGCGGCGGCGCCUCAACACUAUCCGACUACAAGUCCCUCUGGACAGAGGUGUUCCGUAAAUACUCCUCCGAGUUUUUCUCUCUCUAUCCAGCCUCUAAUGAUACCGCCGCUGAAGCAAACACCAACGAAGUCCUCCGCGACAUGGCCCGUGUAGGAACAUGGGAGUGGGCAGCAGACUGGGCCGCUGGUGGUGCGAAGAGCAACGUAUUUGCCUACUACUUCACCAAAGCCCCGGCGGAAGACGAAGCCGGGGGCGCGUAUCACGGUGCCGAGUUGUGGUAUGCUUUCAAUAACAUCCCGUACAGUGAUUACUCCGCCGUGACAUGGAACGAAACGGACUAUGAGAUUGAGGAGGUGAUUUCGGAGUACUGGGCAAACUUCAUCCGCUCGGGCAAUCCGAACGGUGCUGGUUUGCCACACUUUGCUCCCUCCACAGACAGGAACCAGUCGGCGAUGUGGAUGGGCGCAUGGUUUGGAGCUGGUCCCAUUGCCCAGACUAAGGAGCGCGUUAGCUUUCUUCGACGCUGGAUGUCUGGCUUGCAUGAGUAUUAG